AUGUACCCAGACUGGGUUACCAUGAUGGAACUUAUUUCAUCUACUCAGCUAGACGAAUCCGUGAUAAAGACUUGGUUUAAGAACCAGCGCGUGAAAAGGAAGAAAGAGCAGCAACAAACUGAUUCAAAUUCGUCACUAAAAUCAUCAAACCAGACGAUUUCAAUCAAAGAGGAGCAACCUCCCUUACCUGUAACUUCAGCAAACACUCAUCCCGGGAGUCCCAGCAUUUUGGAUGCCUGUGACCAUGAACUACCUCAGUCUCCUGAUAGCGUGCAAUCUGCAGGUGCUGGUCCCUCCAAGUGGAAUUCGUCUUGGGAUUCUCCACCUCAUGAUCUCCAACAGAUAUGUCUGGGGGACCCUGAUCCUCCUUGGGCCUCCAUUCCCUAUGACAUAGAUCAACUUAUACAACUAUAUGCCUUACCUGGGGAUGAUGAUCUAGAUCAGUACCUCUCCCCCAGGUGUCCCAGUUCAGGAGAUAUGGCUGACAUACCCACCCUUAUUGAGAAAGAUCUAUGA